CCGUGUAGAAAUGGAGAGGGCUCCACCCCAAUGUCAUCAACCCCACCCCACGAAAACAGCCAGCUACAGUGCAAAGGAGACAUGCUGCAAAAUGGCACGGCUGGUGCCAUCAGCACCACAACCACUACUGAGAUACCAGACCUCAAUGAGAGGAGAAUCAGGCAUCUCAGAUUAACUCUCCGGCCUGAGAACAGUCCUAAAACUCAGAAUGAAUCUGUCAACUCCGGUGAGAAACUGGUCAAUGGUUCCUGGAAAAAGACAAAUGGGCUCAUGCAGAGAGAAAGACCCCCUGGAAGAGAAUCACCUCAACAAGAAGACAAGCACCCCAUGACCAAUGGCAUCGGUCGGGACCAGCCUGCUCAGCACGGGUCCAGAGUUUAUGGCGUGGUGCAGAGCACAGGCACCAGCCACCAACAGGAAGUGAUGGCACGCGAGUCGUCUGUCAGUCACCUGAGGGAUGAGAUGAGGUACAUCAGAGAGGUACGUGACUCUUUGGAGAAAGUCAGAGAGCGGAUGUAUGGCCAGUUUGGAGGGAUGCAACAAUCAGUGCAAAAAUUAACUCAGGAAUUAAAGUCUGGAGGAUUCGAUGCUCUCCUAGUAACGAG